AUACAAUCUUGUUUACCCAGUAUGUUGCAAAAUGGAAAAGGUCAUAUUGUUUCUCUUUGUAGUAUGUGUGGACUUUAUGGCUUUUUAAAUAAAGUCCCGUAUUAUUCUUCGAAAUACGCAAUAAAAGGUUUAAUGGAAGGAUUAAAGGAAGAAAUAAAAAUGGACGCGAGAAAACCGAAAAUUCAUUUUACUACAAUUUAUCCUUUUUACGUCAUCGAUAAUGGAUUACCCAAAGACUCUAAAUACAGGUUUCCUUAUCUUUUUGGCGCUGUUUCUCCAGAAUUUGCAGCUCAGGAAAUUAUUAAAGCUAUUAGAAGAAACUAUAACGAAUAUUCAAUACCCAGAAGUCUUGUUUAUUUGGAUACUAUUAACAGUAACGAUGAUUUCCAUGCGGGAAGAAUCUCUGAUUUCAAAUUCACGAAUUGGAGGACCAACGUCCGCAACUUGGUGGUAUCUCAGUGCUGAAUUUAUCAUUGCUCUCUCGAUAUCUGGACUUUUGACAAUUCUUGGAAUCAUUAAAACAUUUCUUCCAAAACCACCGAAAGAUUUAACUGGUGAAAUUGUUGUGAUAACAGGUGUUACUUCAGCCCUAGGAAGAAAUUUAGCUGAGGAAUUUGCAAAAAACGGUUGCCAACUGAUCUGUAUCGAUCACAAUUUAAAAGACGCAAAAGAAAUUGCAUCUGAUCUAAGAAUAAAAUAUCCAACAGUGGAGAAAGUUGGUCCAGAAUAUCGUAUAAAGGAUAAUUAUCAUGUAAAAAUGGAAAAAUGUACAAAUUUUGCAUAUGAAUGUAAUUUGGGAAAUAGAAGUGAAAUUAAUAAUGUUGUUAAAAAAGUCAAGGACGAUUUUGGAGGUAUAAAUAUUUUAAUUACCUGUAAUGGAGAUUCAUCUCAGGAUAUAUUUGACACUAUCACUCAAACUUUAAUGAGUCAUUAUUGGACAGUAAUGGCUUUUAUUCCAUUGAUGUUAAAUAAAGGAAGGGCACAUAUUGUUGGAGUGAUGCCAUUUUCAUCAACUGAAGAUGCUUUUAUGGGUUCAAAAGCAGCAAUUGCUGGUUUGAUGGAAAGUUUAGGUUCUGUUUGCAAAGAAAAUAAACAACUUACUUUCAUUACUGUGGCCCCAAAAUGCCAAUCAAGAUUUGUUAAACAAAGUGAGCAAAAAAUUGCUUCAGACGUUGUUGAAGCUGUCAGAAGAGAUCAAUUAUUUUUAACAAGAAAUUGGUGUUCAGAAACAUUUUAUACAAUCAGUUGUAAAUUAUACAGAGGAAUAACAUUCAUUACUCAAUGGUUGGACACUUGACUAUUUUAUUAUAAAUAAAAAGUUGAAAAUUAAUUUUAAACUAUGUAUUACCAGGCAAUAUUGUCAAGCCAUAUAGAUUUUUCAAGCCAAAUGAGGUAGAGAUGAGAUUUUCAAAAUAGACUGUCCUUUAUUAUUAUAAAUAAUAAUAUUUCUUAAAUAUAGUUUAGCUGGAUCUAUUUAUAAAAAAAAAACAAUUUUUGUUUUUUCUAUAUUACAGAUAAAUUUUUAUAUUCCAUAUAUUUUUCAACAGUAUUAAUACUAAUGUCCUUUUAAUUUUAAUUAACUGUACAAGUAAAAAAAAUUAAAUUAAAAAAUUUUUAAAAACAAUUAAAAAUGAAAAGUGU